AGGGAUUGACGUGUGCAAGGGCGGGGCCUGGCCGCAAAACUCCGCCCCCUUGCGGCACGUGGGGCGGAGCCGUGGCCGAGAUGGAAGAAGCUGGAGCAGCCGCGACUGCGCUGGGCUUCACCUUGAGCAUCCCAUUUCCAUCCCCCCUGGAGGCCCAAAUCGCUCAUGGCUCCCUGGCCCCCGACCCUGAGCCCCGCAAGGGGGGGAUCAGCAAAGAACUGACGGUGACUGAGAACUUCCUGCAUGUGCACUGGAAAGCAGAUGAGGCCCGGAUCCUGCGUGUUUCCAUCAGCUCCUUCCUGGACCAUCUCUCCCUGGUGAUAGAGACCAUGGAGAUGUUCGGGCCACCGGUACCCCGCUAGCACCUGCCCUCUGACACCUCUGGGGAGCCAGGGGAGGGGCAAGAGGCUGGGACAACAUCCUCUCGGCCCCCGUUGACUUGGAGAUGCUGGAGCUCGUGCUGCUGGGGGUGCAGACCAGGCAUCAGCUGGACUGUCCUGGCAGGGGCGGGGGACAGAGACUGUCCCUGCAUCUGGCCAGCACCUUGGACUGGUUUCAGCUCUGAGACUAGAUGAGCCAGGGGUGGAGGGUGCACAAUGCUGGGGGGGUUGUGGAACUCUGUGCAGGGGGCUCUGUAUAGACACCCCCCCCCAUGUUGUGAUGAACUCUGCAAUGAAUGCUGCAGUGGAAA